AUGAGCUUAAUAAUUAGCUAGUUUUCUCUUUUCCACUCUCAUAGAACCGAACCAAAGAGACUACACUGAGACUUUGAGGAGUGAAGAGCCUAACCAGAUUUUGACCCAUUACACUCCAUACCCCACUCCCACUCCCACUCCCACUUCCACUCUCUUCUCUUUCAAUUUGUUUUUCUGUUUUAGGAUUUUGGGGCUUUUUCUUCUGAGCGAUGGAGUCGACAACGACACCAUCUUGGGAAGACGAUGAAUGGGAGCUCUGCAACGACGACGGCUUCGUCUAUAAGCGCAGGAGGAGGUGCGACCUUGACCCAUUAGGCGGUGCGGUGCCGGCUCAGCCGGAGUCCGGUCCGGAUCCCGAGGCGGAGGAGAUGGGUCGGAGAGAGCGGAAGAGGAAGACGCUGUUGAAGCUCAAGGCUCAGUACCAGAGGGAAAUUGAACAGUGGGAAUAUUUAUCGAAUACCUUGCGUUCAAUGGAGGAGACUUCGCUUCAGCUCCAACAACAACGACGUCAAACGGUGCCUUCGGACUCUUCUACGUUACCGGAGGUUCCUCGAACGGUGUCCGUUUGUGGGUCACUGGUCCAAGACCUUCUCUUGCAGGUGGAAACUCAGGAAGCAAUUAUUAGAGAUGCUUCAAAUCUUUGUGAUAUAGCAGAAGCAAUGUGCAAUGCUCAUGAGGAAGAGGCAAAUCAGUCUUUAAUCGAUCUCCCAAUAUGGGCCACACCAGCUUCACCGCGAGAGCUUUUAGCAUCACUUUGUGAUUAGUGAGUAUUUUUUUUUUCUUGAUGAUAUAAUUUUGGUUGGCUUCUCGAAUGAAAGGAAACAAUCAGGGUCUUCCACUGCUAUUGGUGAUCCCUACCUUCAAAAGUAAUCUCACUGUUUAAAAUUUUACUGUAAUUUGUUGUCAUGUAGAAUUUCUUUUUUCUUUUGUAGUCAUUUGAAUUAGUGGAAAAGUUUGUAAGUAAUCUUCCUAUAAUGAGGGUAAGAAAUUGUGCAACUUAAAAAUGAGUGUUGUUUAGGAGUAAGCAUUGUGCCAUGCUGUAAGUCAUCCUACCCCAUUCUCUUCACCAUAGCCUGUAUAUUUUUCAUCAUUUCAUACAGUUUGUCAUGAAAUUUUCUCAUCAUGUUUGCACUCA